UUAUAAAUGACUGUGACAAGUAACUGUGGAGCGGAGAGGCGGCUGAAGAUCUCCAGGUCAUGCCCUACCUGGCCAACACAGCAAAUCUUCAAAUGGCAGGAUUUGCUAUCUCCACUGUAGGCUGGAUUUUGGGUUCCAUUUCCACAGGACUUGUACAAUGGAGAGUCUGGCAUAUAGCCAACACCACUAUCAUUUCUUCUGGAACUGCCUGGAUAGGAAUAUGGAGGACUUGCUUCUUUAGUCACGUCUUGGUGUCUCCAGACCUGAAGACCAUGUACUGUCAAUAUUAUAGCGUGACAGACUCUUUUUUACCAAAAGAAAUUUUGGUGGCACAAGGACUUAUGUUAGUAGCUAUCAUUCUUGGGGCAGCCGGCAAAGCUGUAUGUGUCUUUGGACUUAAAAAUGUAUAUCAAGGUACAAGCCAAGUAUCAGUUAUACCCCGUUGGUUUACAGCAGGGGGAAUUUUAAUCCUUCUUUCCAGUAUUUCCAUUAUUGUUCCCGUGGCCUGGAACAUGCAUUCUGUGGUCAGUAAUUCCAGUAUUCCCUUUCCAAGUACGUUUGACAUUCCGUCUAGUCCCGAGAAGCAGGAAGUUGGAGCUGGGAUUUCUAUUGGCAUCGUCUCUGGCAUUUUACUUUUUAUGAGUGGGAUUUUAUUCCUUUGUUACAGGUUACCUGAGAAUUCUGAUAACAGAGUACAUCCUAUAAGUGAGGGGGAUUCCAUGUUCUCUGACGGUUCCAGCAUGGGCUCUGGAUUAAAGGAGAACCCCAGGAGCUAUCUCACAUUAAAACAUUAUUUAAAUGCAACAUUAAACUGUGAUGGAAUUAAGAACGAUGCCUUUAUCUGGGAGAUAGAUGAAAAGCUAUGA